AUGGCAUCAACAACAAUCGAACAUCUCGAUAUUGAAAAGCUAUUAUCAGAGAAUAAACCUGUCAUUUUAAGGUGUCCCUUUAAAGAAUGUAAUACUAGAAUAAUUACUUAUUCCAACAAAUUGAUUCAUUUGCAAAUACACAAUGCCCCCAAUGCCAUAAAGGCCGUACCUCAUAACUCACCAGAAUUGUCCAAUAAAACAAUUGAUUUUUAUCAGAUAAACGAUGUCUGGGAUUUUGAUAACAUAGGGGUCAGUAGACCAUCCAGUGAGAUAUCUCAGGACCCAAUAAUUAGCCAUGAUAACGAGUCGACAAUACAUAUUGAAAGAUUGAUUGUCUGUAGUGAAUGUGAUCGAGGUCCAUUAGGGUUUGCUGGGAUACCCAACGGAGAAGAGACAGAUCAUAAAAAUCUAGUUUAUUUCCUAAGUCGUGACAGUGUUGCUUAUGAAUACUGA